AGAGGUGUCGCGUGGCUGUGCUCGCACCUCACGCAUAGGGAUAAAAGUGAACAACUUCGACUCAUAAAACACUCAAAUCUCAUUCACUGUCACUGGAGCGUGCGCAAAACAUUCCAUAUAAUUUCAUUGUAGAUUUCAACAGUUGCACUAGACUGAAACCAAAGUUUACUUUUCGUUCGAUAGCGAUAUUACCGACACGCAUAAAUUAACGUACGAUGACUGCCUCUUUUCAGAAAAUCUCAACUUUUGGGCGUGGUAUGUGAGUGAGUGUAUUUAAACGCACUGCUGUUUUCGUAGUGCCAGCAUUAGUCUUUGCAACUACUUCUAGCUGCACCAUUACGAUGCUGACUUUUAUCCAGCUGAUAACAUGUCUCAUUCUGACGAGCAUCCAUUGCAUGGAUGCAGAGAAACUCUUUCACAGCCGGGAUCAUUCGGAUGUGGAGAUUCCUGCAUCUCACCAGGCUGAACUCAUAACUGAUGACGACACCGCAGAGCGGUUUCUUUCCAGGUAUGGCUUUAUAAAACCAGUAAAUUGGGAAGAGAUCCAGUUGGAAGAAGAGUUCAGAGAAGAUUUUGCUGGCAGUGACCUACCAUCCGUUAUCAAGGAGGGGGGGUCACAACCUCUUGAAGGUGGUAAUAAUGAUGAUGCUAAAAGUCCUUUGUUUGCCUUAGCUCUCAGGGAAUUCCAGAGAGUGUCAGGUCUUUCAGUUACGGGCAUCUUUGACGAUGCGACCAAGACAGCUAUGAACAAGCCGAGAUGUGGAGUCCCAGACAAGGAGAAAGAACCAGAUGAUCCCUCAGAAUCCAACCCAACAACUCUUUGGAGUGGCAGCCUACCAACAACUACCACAGGAGAUGCAAACAUUCACACUUCAGAUGGGAUGAUCAGCAACCAAACAGAAGCUGGUGUGUUCAAUGAUGCUGUUAAUAGCUCUAAAAUAGACUACUUUGGGGGUGACACAACAUUUCAUGAUGUUUUUAAUGACACCAACAUGUUGACUCUGAAUGUCACUAACACAGACAAUACUUCCACUGUUGGUCCCAAUAUUAACACCACUGUUAUAGAUAAUUCUGAGAAAAACGAUAUGAAUGGUCGCAUGGAGAAUGGUACUGUGAGCACCCCAUCAGUCCCGCAUCCGAGUCGUGAGUUUACCCGUAGGAAGCGUCAACUGGCAACCCUCCUGUACAAGCGCAGGCAGAGGAGAGAGGUGCGCGGGACGGGAUACAUGGCCUUCUCCAAGACGGUACUCAAGUGGAGAUUAAUAGGAGAGGGCUACAGCAGCCAGUUGUCCAUCGAGGACCAGAGACACAUAUUCAGACUAGCCUUCAGGAUGUGGAGUGAGGUUUCUUUUCUUGAGUUCAUGGAGGACACAGGCUCUCCUCUGGAGUAUAUAGAUAUCAAACUUGGCUUCGGCACAGGAAGACAUUUAGGAUGCAACCAGAAGUUUGACGGCUCUGGCAGAGAGUUUGCACAUGCCUGGUUCCUAGGGGACAUCCAUUUUGACGAUGAUGAACAUUUCACAGCACCUAAUGCUGGGAGUGGCAUCAGCCUUCUAAAAGUUGCAGUGCAUGAGAUAGGACAUGUCCUAGGUCUGCCUCAUAUCUACAGGGGUGGCUCUAUCAUGCAGCCCAGCUACCUGCCACAGGAGUCAGGCUUUGAGAUUGACUGGAUGGACAGGAAGGCUAUGCAGUAUCUUUAUGGUGGCUGCAGCGGCCGUUUCAACACAGUGUUUGAUUGGAUCAGGAAGGAGAGAACGUCAUACGGCGAGGUGGUUAUCCGUUUUAACACCUACUUUAUGAGGGACAGCUGGUACUGGCUGUAUGAGAACAGGAACAACCGCACACGCUACGGGGAUCCUGUGGCAGUGCAGGUCGGCUGGCAUGGGAUACCCAUGGAUGGUGUGGAUGCAUAUGUACACGUUUGGUCUAAGACAACAGAUGCUGUCUACUUCUUUAAAGGCACUCAGUUCUGGAGGUAUGAUGCUGACAAUGACCAGGCUUUCACAGAGGACCCAGAGGGACACCACUACCCUAGACUCAUCUCUGCUGGCUUCCCAGGGGUCUCCAGUCCCAUUGACACAGCCUUCUAUGACAGAAGGGACUCACACAUCUACUUCUUCAUUGGUAUUUAUGUGUACGCAUUUGAUGUAAAAGCCAACCGACUGGCCCUUGGCUUUCCAAGAAAGAUCUCAGAUGUUUUCCCGGCAGUAGUGCCAGGCAACCAUCCGGGUGGGAACAUAGAUGCUGCCUACUUCUCUUACACACACAAUGCCAUCUUCCUGCUCAAGGGCACAUACUACUGGAGGGUGGUGAGCAGUCGAGACCGUUGGCGUCGACCCUCACUACCGCAUAACGGCCUGUUGCCAUGUAAGGCAGUGGACCAGCAUUGGUUUGACAUCUGUAAUGUUCAUCCCACAGCACUGAAACUGUCUCGUUGAGUUUGAGUCUGGGGACUAGAAGUGAUCAUGAUGAUGAUCUGUCAGUUAACGUAUAGUUUUUAGUGAUGCAUCUACAUUUAGCAUGGUAUGCUGUCCUCAGAUUAAAUGUGAUUCAUAAUUUUUUUUAUGUCCUUUACUGGACUGUAAAUCAAUUUACAUGUACUAUGUAUAUAUGUAUUACUGUAAUGUACUACUGUAUGUACUAUGUAAUAUUAUUGACUUAAAAAACAAUUAUAUUUUAGAUUGAAAAGUUA